AAAUGCAACCUAAAAGAAAAAAAAAAAUUGUCUUUGGAUUGAAUUGAAUUUGGAUGUGGUCAAACUAAUUUUUUAAAAAGGUGUGUUUUUCAAUCAAUUCAACAAAGAUGAACAGCAUGAGAAUUAUAAGGAAAAUUCCUAUUCGACAGUUACGGGUGUUUUCCCGAUGUGCGACUCUUCAGCAAGAAACAGUAGAAGCUAGUAACCCCAUGAUAAUACCGCCUCCUGAUGGCGUUGACAAACCAGUAUCUCCUAAACUUGAAAAAUUGGUCUCUGAUAUAACAAAUCUAAGUUUGCUGGAAGUUUCGGAGCUUAGCCAGGUUCUAAAACGAAGGUUGAACCUACCUGAUGCUCCUGUAAUGCCAAUGGGAGGUUUUGCUAUGGCAGCGCCGGCAGCAGAUGAAGAAGAGGUUGCACCUAAGGCAGUAAAAACGAAUUUCACAGUAAAGCUGACAAAAUUUGAUGACAAACAGAAAGUAGCUCUCAUCAAAGAAGUGAAAAAUCUUCUAGAAGGGUUUAACCUGGUACAGGCUAAGAAGUUUGUUGAGAGUGCUCCCACCAUAGUGAAAGCCGACAUUUCUAAAGACGAAGCUGAGAAACUAAAAGAAGCAUUAACAAAAGUUGGAGCCGAGAUAGAAAUAGAUUAGGUUAAGUUUAUAUAAGAUUUAGUUCAGUUUUAUAGUGAUUAAAUUUAUUAGAAUUUUA